AUGUCGAAGCAGCUUCCGGCCGGGCUCAAAGAGUCUCUGGAGAACUCCAAAGCUGAGUAUCGCCAGCUUGGAAAGUCGGGCCUCCGUGUCUCUGUGCCCAUCUUCGGAUGCAUGAGCUUCGGCGACAAGAGGACUCUUCCGUGGGUCAUCGGCGAGGACGAGGCUCUCCCUCUGCUCAAGGCGGCCUACGACCGCGGCCUCAACACGUGGGACACGGCCAACGUUUAUAGCAACGGCGCCUCGGAGGUCAUUGUAGGCAAGGCUAUCAAGAAGUACAACAUUCCCCGCCACAAGGUCGUCAUCCUGACCAAGGCCCACUGGGCCGUUGGAGAGGAACCUGGUAGGUCACCAGUCUGCUGUGAAGUGCGAGUGACCCUGUCUGACCAAGCACCAGAGGCCCGUCACUUUGUCAACCGCGCAGAGUUUGAGGCCUCGAAAGAUUACCAGAACAAUUUCGGCCUCUCGCGCACCGCUCUCUUCAACCAAGUCGAGGCGUCCCUGCAACGCCUCGACACGCCCUACAUCGAUCUCCUCCAGAUCCACCGCUUCGAUGCGCGCACGCCGCUCGAGGAGACGAUGAAGGCGCUCCACGACCUCGUGCAGUCGGGCAAGGUGCGCUACAUCGGUGCCAGCAGCAUGUGGGCGACGCAGUUUGCGCGGCUGCAGUUCGUCGCCGAGAAGAACGGCUGGACGCCCUUUGUCAGCAUGCAGACCAGUACACCUGCUGUACCGCGAGAGAGCGCGAGAUGA